AUGGUGGACCAGAAGGUGACAAGCCCUCCUGGCAAUAAACCUGCUCUGCAGGGUGAUUCACACAGUACUUCAGCCUGGGCAACAACAAGACCAAGAGCCCCCCGCAGCCCCCGCGGCCCGACUACCGGGAGAAGCGCAACGGUGCGGGCGGCGCGCCCCGCCCCGACGGGCCGCCGCACCUCCACCACCACCGCCAGCACCACCAGCACCACCACCAGCACCACCAGCAGCACCCGCACGCCUCGCCCGGCUUCCCGCACCGCCACCUGCGCGACGACACCAGCGACCUGCUCCGCGCCUACCGCGCGCAGAAGGAGCGCGACUUCGAGGACCCGUACAGCGGGCCCGGCUCGUCCCUGCGCAAGCUGCGCGCCCUGUGCCGGCCCGAGGAGCCCGGCGAGCCGGCCCCGCGCCUCUUCUCCUCCUCGUCCUGCGGCGCCGCCAGCCCCGCCGCGCCCGGCUCCCCGCACCUCUUCCGCAGCCAGAGCGAGCGGCGGCCCGGCACGCCGCCCGACGUCAGGUACAUCUCCCCCCGGCACCGCCUCAUCAGGGUGGACAUCGGCGAGGGCAAGAAGACGGGCCCCGAGCCGCCCGCGGCCUGCUGCGGGGAAGGAGAAGGUCUUGAUAGCAGACGACUAUUCAGAUCCCUUUGAUGCCAAAAGUGAGUUGAACAAAAUGGUAAAAGGGGAGAACACUGGCUAUAUGGAACCAUAUGAAGCCCAGAGAAUAAUGACCGAGUUUCAGAAGCAGGAAGGCACGAAGUCCCAUCAGAAAAACAUGCAGCUCUAUGACACACCCUAUGAACCAGAAGGCAGUGGUGUGGAAUCUGAUUCUGAAAGUGUGGUGAGUCAACGUUUACGAGAAAGCAAAUUGCCACAGGAUGAUGACAGGCCUGCAGAUGAGUAUGAUCAGCCAUGGGAGUGGAAUAAAGUCACCAUCCCAGCUCUGGCAGCCCAAUUUAAUGGAAGUGAGAAACGACAAGCAUCUCCUUCUCCCUCAAAUGACCAGCGCAGGCAGUUAAGAGCACCUGGAAGAGGCUUUAAACCCAUCAAACAUGGCAGCCCAGAAUUUUGUGGGAUCCUGGGAGAGAGAAUAGAUCCAACCGUUCCACUGGAAAAGCAGAUAUGGUAUCAUGGAGCAAUCAGUCGGACAGAUGCAGAAAACCUGUUACGUCUAUGUAAAGAGUGUAGCUACCUUGUACGAAACAGUCAAACAAGCAAGCAUGACUAUUCUCUUUCACUGAAGAGCAGUCAAGGUUUUAUGCAUAUGAAACUGACGAAAACCAAAGAAAAAUACAUCCUGGGUCAGAACAGCCCUCCCUUCGACAGCGUUCCUGAGGUCAUCCAUUACUACACCACAAAAAAGCUGCCUAUCAAGGGAGCAGAACACUUGUCACUGCUCUACCCAGUGGCUGUGCGGACCCUAUAAUAUCCUAGUCUCACCCCUUCCUGUGGAUGGGAGGUGAGAGGUAAGCUGGGUUGCACUAAAUCCAUAGCCAGAAUUCAGUGCUUGAGUCUUUGAUGGAGAAUGGCUGCCUUUAGACUCGGGCAUGUGGGCUAUCUACAGAAUUGUGUAUGAUGGGACUGUGUGUAUGGUAAUCUUAUGCUGCAGCAUGCCCCUAGAACUAUGCUUCUGUGUAAGAGAAAGAAAUCUUACUUUGGUGCAAAGGGAACAGAUAGCCUUCCCAGAGCUUCUCUGUGAAUGAAAAUACUUCCCAACAGAAAGUUCUUACUCAUUGUUUUAAACCGAAUCAACAAGUUCUUCUCAGCUGUAAAGCACCAGCAACGUUUGUUCUCUUGCUACCCUGAGAAACUUCUCCAUGUGAAAGCGUAACCUGCCCUUGAGGGACACUAGGGUGUUCUUGGUGGACCUGAGAAGGAGCUUAGCAGGCAAGUCCUUGCAGCUCUGUGUGGUCGCUCAGCUUGGUGGGGUUUGUUUUUUAAUGCCCAGAGUUUAUGCCAACCCCGAAGUUUCAUGGGGUAGUCAAAUACAGAAAUCCUAUUAGGCACAAAAUCUUAACAAACAGUUUUUUGACAGCAAGUCAUGAUCAAUUAUUUAUGAAUAGGGAAUAUAAUUAAAAAGUAGUUUAUUAUAUAUUUUUAUCCUUUUUUGGUACAAUAAUAAAUCUAUAAGGGUUACUGUCUUCAUUUGCAAGUUUCAUUCAUAGAUGCAGGUGGCUAAUUCUGUUUGGGGAAGUUGCACCCUGGUGUUUUAAGUAGUUGAGAAUGAGUCAUUUUAAUAUGUGGGUUAGUAUUUAUGCAUGAGGGUGGUCAAAGGCUUUUAUAAGGCUUUUGUAGGCAAAAUCUUCACUUGCUUAUUUCAUCUGGAGCAAACAGUUGUCACACUGAGGUAGCAGACUUACAAGUGUGUGUUACAUUGCCCUUCCACAAGCUGGCCUGUACAGCUGUGCAAAUGAGAACGGUGGUGUUCAGCAGAGCAGAAAUUUGGUUUUCUAGUGUACAAGACGUUCUUAAAAUGCGGUCCCUUGACACACACUUUCUGGCCAGUGUUCAUUUUCCCCAUAGGCAGAACCCCCCUGCUGUAUUUUAUUCACUGCCAGCAAGAAGCGCUGCAGAAGCUGCUCUCUACCUCAGUCCUGCCAACUCAGUGCCCAUCCACUUGAGAGAUAUUUGGUACAUGCUCUGUGUGCUCGUUGAAUGCGAUAAGUGAAAAACUAUAAUUGUGCAAAAAUUGGAACUGGGGAUUCAAUAGCCUGCUAGUCCUCACUUUUGUGCCAUCUCCCACCUAUAUCUAGAGUGUUGUGCAUUAACCUAUCAGCUGUUAUAGUAGCAAACUGGUUUCAUGCAGUUUAGGUAUUCUACAGACUGCAAAAGGACUGUGAAAUUGUGUGUUAUUUAAUUCAGCUUUCUUUCCUACUCUUUUCUUUUAUGUAUGCAUAGAAGUGCAAAUCUGAAAAAUGUAAUGGAGUAAUCACUUACUGCCUGUAAAAGUAGUGCUUCACUGUAUUGUCUAAUCUGAUAAGAACCUGAAGGAUGUCACAUAUAAUGUCAUCAGUGGUGAAUGUUCUGCUGCCUGUCUUUUAAGCCUGCCUUGUUCUGUUUAUGGCAUCCAACACAGUUUGAACAGGAGCGGAUCACAUAUGCAUGAGGAGCCCAGUGUCACUCUGUGCCACAACGGUAGUGGGUCUUGCUGUCCCUAUCUCACCCAUAAUUUAAAGGCAGAGGUUCUUACUGUGUUUUUUUUGAGAGAAGGGUGGUACAAUGAAGUUUACAAAGAGACAACAUUCCUCUCCAAGUGAAACCAAACAUCCCCUUUUUUAUGUACUCACCUACAUGCACUUUGUGUUUCCCUCAUGUCUUCACAGGACUCUCAUUCUCCUAUUAACAUUACCCAAUUGGCAAGAGCAUACAGGCACUUUAAAGUUGAUGUGUCAGAGUAGGAGCUCAUGAAGGUGGCAUGGCUCACGCAUGUUAGGAAUCAGAUUGUAUCUGCUGCAGUCUCUUUCUUCACCUGUGUGACUCGGCAACACCCUCAUGCCUCCUGGGACAGAAGGGUAUCAUUUUGCCUUUUUCCCAUGUUGAAGUGCGUUUUUGAGAAUUUGCCAUCCUUGCUGUUCUACAGACUGGGCUUCUGUAGUGGAGAAGUAGGCACCUGCUCUCUCUAACAGCAAUUAGCAGCAGAAACCAAAAUCAUUUUAAACCAAGACCUUGCCCAGCUUCCUUAAGUACACUUUCUUUAGUUUGUGGAGAGGACUGUUGUACUGAAUCUUUCUUGACACAGGCUGAUCAAAAGUCAGUUGAAGCCAGCAGUGCCACUUUAUUGCCGUCUGCAGGUUUGGGGUUGGGAUCCCAUACCUGACACAAAUCAGGUCAAUAUGCAUCAUACAAAUAUGUAUACAGUUUACUACAGUUUCAAGGAUCAGACCAUGAUUCAGCAAAUGGAAAUCAUCUCAGAAAAUGUUGGUUGUCUGUGGGUAGGUUUUUUAAUUAUUUUUUAAAAAACUUUUAGAAAGAAAGUACUCAGUAAUUGCAGAAUAAAUAAAACCAGGAUUUUGUUUGCACUGUAA